ACUGACGUAAUGCUUGGAGUCUGAGGUCCUGACAAGCGAUAACAUUUCUGAUAAAGAACUGAGAUCACUGCAAAAACCAGCCUCCUUUUUUCCACCCCAGACUCAGGCGUUUUUUACUAUCAAACACAGUCUCCCAAGAUUUCACGUGUACAGGAGCAAUUCGCAAUCUUACAUCCCCAUAAAAAAGAAAUCAUUGCCCGAGAUCAACAAACAAACAACACAAAGACGCUUCAUGGCUCACGCCAAAGCUCCACCAUCUUUCAGACUGCAAAGACUAUUGCAAUUUAAUCAACAGUGAUCGAGAAGAUUGUUGUGGUGUGGUCACCCAUCGCGUACAGGAUCAUCUGCACCUGUGAGAUCUUCUAAGAAAAGGAAGUACAGGACGGCGCAUUUCACAAGCGACGCACGUAGAGCGAGUAAACUUUUGUGGAGAAAGAAAUGGAAUGAUUCCCAGGCCAGAAUGGAUGUGGAAUAAAGGAUACCUCGGAGGGCUCCUCAGGGAAGGGUCUUUGGAUACUCUGCCAGCUUUGAUAACCGCCUCCCUGUUGGAUUUGAGUGAGAUAAUGCUAUAACCCAAUGCUUAACAGAGAUAUGGUGCGGAAAAAGAACCCCCCUUUGAGAAGUGUCGGCGGUGAAGAGGAGGAGGCCGAGGCGGUGCUGGCCGGGGCCACGGAUCCAGAGAGCGGCACCACGGGGAGCCAAACCUCUGAGCCCGACCGCGAAGACCAGGAGGAGCCGGCGUCCCCUGGCCCUAACAAACCUGACCUUCAUUACUCCAGCCAAAACUCUAGCCGAGAGGGCACAGACACCGAACCGCUGGCCUCCCCAGCCAACUCUGAUCCCGAAGGUGAAGAAGACUGUCUCAAAAUCUCCACCCGGGCUAGCGGUGUCAUCGUACAAAGCUGCAACAGUAACGGAGAAGAAAAGGACACCACGGAAAGCCCUCCACCAUUGCUCGGCUCUGACAGUCCUGUUGACGAAUCUCUGGAAAUCUCUAAAGUUCCUCCAGUCACGCUUCACCCACAGCGGCCUGUCGGAGGAGCCGAAAACGCCCAUAGUCCUCUAGGAGGCGAAACAGGGGCGCCUCCAGCCUCCUCUCCUAAACUACAAGACUUUAAGUGCAACAUUUGUGGGUACGGUUAUUACGGCAACGACCCCACGGAUCUGAUCAAACACUUUCGUAAGUACCAUCUGGGCCUGCAUAACCGGACGCGGCAGGACGCAGAGCUGGACAAUAAGAUUCUGGCGCUUCACAAUAUGGUGCAGUUCACAGCCCAGACGCAGGCCAAAGAGUCAGCGCGUGUCCUGGGACAGUCGGCGCAGAGCGGGUCUGCGGUCGAGGCUGGGUCACCCAGAGCUUCAGUGCUCAACGGCACCUAUGAUGUACAGGUAACGCUCGCCGGCACCUUCAUCGGGAUCGGGAGGAAAACGCAGGACUGUCAAGGAAACACAAAGUACUUCCGCUGCAAGUUCUGCAACUUCACCUACAUGGGGAGCUCUUCAGUGGAUCUGGAGCAGCAUUUCCUAGCCACUCAUCCUAAUAAGAUGAAAAGUCCACCUGCGUCCAACUCAAACCUGGACGAGAAGUCUUCGAGUGAGCGCAAGGGGAAUUGUGUACCUCGCAUUGGUGCGGAUGAGCAUGGAAAGUGGGCCGAUCGUGUGGCAGUGAGAUCUGAAGAUGACUCUGUGGCUGGAUACUCUGUACCAAUCAGAUCGUCUGAUUCUCCAAGCCACACUAUAGGAGGAGACAACCCUUCUGCUUAUUACUGGUGCAAAUACUGCAGCUUUAGUUGUGAAGCCUCUGGUGCAUCAAAACUUCUGGAGCACUAUGAGAAGCGACACGGACACGCUGCCGUCCGGGAGGGAAGUCCAGGAGAUCGGAAGACACGAGAGGGAGACUGCCAUUUACGAAAGAAAGAGAAGACAAGCGAACAGGAAACUGUUGUAACCAGUUACAACUGCCAGUUUUGUGACUUCCGGUACUCGAUGACACACGGACCGGAAGUUAUCAUUGUGGCUCCGCUUUUGCAUCACUACCAGCGGGCUCACAGCAUUCAUAAGUGCACCAUUAAACAUUGCCCGUUCUGCCCUCGUGGGCUCUGCACACCUGAGAAGCACCUGGGCGAGAUCUCCUACCCCUUCGCCUGCCGGAAAAGCUCCUGUUCGCAUUGUGCUCUCCUUCUGCUGACGGGUGGAGGAAACGCGGCUCCGUCUCCGCCCGCGGCCCGAGCCUCUGUCACUCACCUGUGUGACCAGUGCCCGUUCACCGCCACUGAUAUUGACCUGCUGCUCUUGCACUACGACAGCGCACACACCUCUCACAGCCUGCUGGAGGUCAAGCCGGAGGAGGAGGGGUCGGGGGAUGGAGGGGCAGGACCUGGGCGGGACCAUCCUGGAGAAUACGCCUGCACCAAGUGCCAUUUCUGUACUGAAGUGGAGGAGGAAAUAUUUCGUCACUACAGGAGAGUUCACGGCUGCUGUCGAUGUCGGCAUUGCAGUUUCACAGCCACGGACACCACAGCCCUGCUGGACCACUUCAAUUCUGCGCACUGCCAGGACCCGGCGGACCCAUCCUGCGCUCCGGCCAACGGCUGCUCGGCCCCGUCCACCCUGCGCAUCAAAGAGGAGAGCAAAGGAGACCUGAAGCUCUACAGCCUGGUGCCUCCAGAGCCGCUGCCCGGAGCCGAGAUGGUGAAGAGCGAAGCCCAGGACGAGGAGAAGAAGAGCUGGGUGGAGGCGCUGGCUGGAGGAGCCGUGCGGGCUGGAGAACAGCACGUGCAGAGCCUGGUUUGGGUGCCUAAGGAACGAGCUGGGGAGAUCCUGAGAGGAAGCCCAGCGCCGUUUCCUCAGGCCUCACUGGGUCUGCUGAACGCUGUGGCCGGAGGAGGGAAAGAGCCGCAGAUGCAAAAGGGGGCGACCAUGCUGAGAGACUCAACAGCACUGAUGUUCAGCCUCAGCGCUGAUGCGAAAGGUUACCUGUCCGGGACGCCAGCGGGUGCUGUGGAGAAAGGAGGACAGCAGUACCCGAGCGCUACUGAGGGGAAGAGUGCCAAGGAAGAGUCGCAGUCACUUCUACGGAGACGGCGGGGCUCGGGGGUCUUCUGCGCCAACUGUCUGACCACCAAGACCUCGCUGUGGAGGAAAAAUGCCAACGGCGGCUACGUGUGCAACGCGUGUGGCCUCUAUCAGAAGCUGCACUCGACCCCCAGACCGCUGAACAUAAUCAAGCAAAACAACGGCGAGCAGAUCAUCCGUCGGCGGACACGGAAGCGCCUGAACCCUGACCCCAUCCCAUCAGAGCAGGUGGGCUCCAAACAACAACGGGUCAACAGCGAGGAGCGUCUGAACGGGAGUCCUUUAGAAAGGAGGACAGAAGACGCCGGAUCCGACGGCUCUUUAUCACGAGCAGAGGCCCAAGUCAAAUAUGAGGCUUACGGCCCCUCUGGAACCAAAAGUCACCCCAGUCCUCGUUCCACACACGCUUUCCUCGUCAACCAGACGCUAGAGAUCCACAAGCGUAUGCCUCCGCUGCAUAUGCACAAGAGUCCAGUGGACGGAGGAUCCGUCGAGGGGAACGGGCUCAGUUUAGGACCCCAAGGCGCAGAUGGGAAAGGUGGAUCAGAAAGAGGCAGUCCAAUCGAGAAGUACAUGCGUCCAUCAAAACAAGCUAGUUACUCUCCGCCCGGAAGCCCCAUCGAGAAAUACCAAUAUCCGAUCUUCAGCCUGCCGUUUCUCCAUAACGACCUGCAAAACGAAACAGACUGGCUGCGCUUCUGGACUAAAUACAAGAUGUCUGUUCCGGGAAACGCAGCAGGUCACUAUUUGAGUGCUGGACUUCCUAAUCCGUGCCAAAGCUUCGUGCCUUAUCCUGCCUUCAGUUUACCGCCUCACUUUCCACCUCCGACAGCUUCUGGACCCGAAAGCGAUACUCCUCUUGACCUGGCCAUGAAACAUUCCAAACCCAGUCCGACGUCCAACGGAGCGCCCAAUGCUAAGGAGAAACUAGCGUCCCCUGCUUCUGACCGAAUGGAUGAUCCUGAAGAGGAACGCUCAACCCCGAAGGUAUCUUCUCAAUCGGAGAAGGUUGAUCAAGCUACGCAAGAUGAUCUCUCCAGUAAAUGCGUCCAUUGUGGGAUUGUCUUCCUGGACGAGGUCUUGUACGCCCUGCAUAUGAGCUGCCACGGGGACGGCGGGCCCUUCCAGUGCAGCAUCUGUCUGCACGCUUGCACCGAUAAAUACGAUUUCACCACACACAUCCAGCGAGGCCUGCACCGAGCGGCUCCCGAACCCAACCCUUCUAACCAAUGAGCUUUUUACGGAAAAUACGUGCCAAGAUGGUGCCUAAUGCAAGAAACUUAGCAUAACAUAUUGUCUGUGGGAGCUCACACACUUUUAACAGCUUUUUUUGGUGACAUCGGUACAUGUAGCUAUUUAGAUAUAUUUUUGUUAGCGAGGCAGUUCAGCGAGGCAAGGUACAUCGACUCAUUUUCCUCUUGGUCUCUGUGUGUUUAAUGGUGGAUUUAUGGAAAGUUCUCUUGACGAACAUGAGGAUGUGUUUCUGCUUCGGUGUAGGAAACGUGGCAGUCGUCCGUCUGUCAUCAUGGCAACAGUAUGACUGUGUCCUCAAACAAACAUCCAGCAUCCUCAGGGAAUGUGUUUGGCUGAUUUAAGUUGACUGUCUCUAGUUAACAUUAUACUAAAUGUCUUUUUUUACUGUUUGGGUUUGAUAGAUACACAGUUAAGGAACUCACAGAAUUCCAUCAAAACUUUUAAGCUGCUGCCUUAGUUGCUGGGAUGCAAUUCUUAUUACUCUACAACUAAAUUUGGGAAGGAAUACACACACACACAAAAAAAAAAAAAACUAUUUUUUUUCUAGGUUGUUAAUAGUGAAAUCAUAUGAUCAGUGCCUGAUAUAGUGUACAAAGUAUUUUCUACAUGAGAUGUUGAUAUGCAACAUUGAACUCGCGUCUGAAUGAGGGCCUGAAGUUUGGCUCUGACAAACGUUUACAUUUGCAAAUGUAGCAAACGACGUAAUGAAGCAACACCUGAACUUUCUUUUCUUUUUAUCAACAGUAAAAACGAUUCAAUUUCCUUUCCUCCAAAGGUGGAAUAUUAUAAACAAACGUACUAUGUUUUUAUUGUAAUCUUUGGCCACUACACUGCCUGACAAAAGUCUUGUCGUCGAUUCCAGUUGUAAGAGCAACACAUAAUAACUUGACUUCUAGUUGAUCGUUUGGAAAAGUGGCAGAAGGUUGAUUUCUCUGAUGAAUCAUCUGUUGAACUGCAUCCCAAUCAUCACAAAUACUGUAGAAGACCUACUGGAACCCACAUGGACUCAAUAUUCUCACAGUUAUCAGUCAAGUUUGGUGAAGGAAAAAUCAUGGUUUGGGGUUACAUUCAGUAUGGGGGAAUGCAAGAGAUCUGCAACAUCAACAGCCUGAGGUAUCAAGACAUUUUUGCUGCCCAUUACAUUACAAAUGACAGGAGAGGGCACAACCUUUAGCAGGAUAGCGCUCCUCAUACUUCCACAUCAAAGUUUCUGAAAGAAAAGGUCAAGGUGCUCCAGGAUUGGCCAGCCCAGUCACAAGAUAGGAACAUUAUAGAGCAUGUCGGGGGAAAGAUGUAGGAGGCAUUGAAGAUGAAUCCAAAGAUUCUUGAUGAACUCUGGGAGUCCUGCAAGAACGCUUGCUUUGCCAUUCCAGAUGACUUUAUUAAUCAGUGAUUUGAGUCAUUGCAGAGAUGUAUGGAUGCAGUCCUCCAAUCUCAUGAUGGAGUCAGACACAAUAUUGCCAGGCAGCCCUAGGGCUUCCGGUGAGCUGUCUUUCCAUUACAAUAUUGUCAAGUUUAAAAUCUGAUUUCUUUAAAAAAAUCUGCCAUCUUCACCGCCUGUUAGAUAUACAAUAUGAAGUGGGUCUCAGAUCAGACAAGAAGGACUGCAUUAAAUUCCAUUUCCCCCCGCCAUGUCUUUAAAAUAUUUAAAAUAUGUUUAUUUUACCCCAGUAUUUUCAAUGGAAUUUCUGCGCUGGCUUAUUGCUAGUGAUCGCAAUAGCGGUUACAACGGUCUUUCAUCUCGUUUUACACUUGAACACCUAAAUGAAUGCUGAAGUCUAUUUAACUGAAUGUCUUGUAUUUACAUUACAACAUCGCUGCUGUAAAAACAACCUUGUGAAAUUAAAAAUACUCACAUUAAGCUUUCACCGGAAGUUUAUCAUCGGCUUUAAAACUCCAGCUGUGCAUAGAGCCCAUUAAAUAAUUAAAAAUCAAGACAUGUUCAUAUUUUAUUGUGGUAAAAUAAGCGUAAUCUAGAGGCCUUUGCUUUUCAUAUAAGCCACUUCUGAUACCAAAUGAUCAACUAGAAGUCAAGUUAUUAUCUGUUGUUCCUAAAUCUUGGAUAGGCGACAAGACAUUUGUCAGGUAGUGUAUUCAUUCCAUUUUCUGUUGCUGUGUAUUUGUGCUUUAUAGUUGAUGAAGAAGCUCGUUGAAUCAGACUGAAGUCUUCCUGUUAUUGUUUUCUCCUGCUCUUCAUUUAAGGGAAUCUGAUCUUUAUUUUGGUCGUCUGAUAGGAGCCAGUGCUCUAUAAUAUAAAACAAGAAUAACUUGCUGCCAGUCUAGAUUUGUUUUGUUUCAGUUUUAAUUCUACAGAGCAGAUAAUUAUUAUUUUGUACAAUUUUAUUCAAUGUACUGUUGAUGAAACUUAAUAACUGCAGGUGUUUCUGGUGCCUUUGGAUGGCGGGUGUCUCAAAGAGGCAUAACAUUGUUAUUUAUAUUGUUGUUUCACCCGGCUGUACUUCGGUCUCUGCUCCUUUUGCAGUUGUUAUAUGUGGAGUGGACAACUGAACUACAAUGAGCUCAGAAUGAACAUAUCGAGUGGAAAAAAGCUUGAUAUAUUUGAAAUGUUUCUGCACAUUGACAGCUUUUCAUUUCAUUUGACUAGGAAAAUCAGCCCUGGUUGCUAGCGACAUAUCUGUUUUUAUUGAGUUGAGCUCCCGUGUGUGUUUUUCCUCCACAUUCACUUCACAGAUUCAGUAAGUUUGGUCCAGUCUGACUUCAUACAGACAUUAUUUAUAUAAACUUGUGGAAAAGGGGAGAGAAUUGAGGCUUGAAAUGUCUAAUUUGCUCUCUCGGAAACUAGCCUUACAACGCUGCUUAACUGCAAAUGCCUCUUAAAAUGAACUGAAAUCAUUAUCAAGUGACGCUUUUCAACACCAUUUAUACGGUUGGGUAUUAAAUAACAUUUGUCUUUAUUUUAUUUCUUUUCAUUUUGAUUUGAAAAUGUUAAUGCUUGCACUUCAGUUACUCUAUUGCUAAAGAAGAAAGUGGAAACGUGUUAUUAGCAUGCUAAGUACAGGUACUGCGUUAUAAUAAAUGAACAAGAUCUCGCCUAUGUUUGAAGGUCUCAGCAAUAUUGAAACACGAGGAGUAUUUGAUGGAGCCCGGAAGCUUGUCUGGUCAAGGCGAAGGGCAUAAAUAUGUAAAUGUUUUAACCUUUAUUGGUAGAAUGUUAUUGUUUUUACACUUGCUGCAUUUAAAGUGCAUAGAUGAUGAGUUUAGACUUCUCUUGUUUAUUUCAGCUGCCACCUUAACGGUUUGGUUUUUUCCUUUCAUUUUCAUGUAGUUUUUUACAUGCAAAAAAGAUUCAAUAAAGAUGGCAAAGAUGUCUGUUACAUCUAAACUUGAAUAAUAAUGAUGACAAUGAUAAUAAUAAUAAUAAAAUAAUAAAACAUUUUAGCAA